AGCAGAGUCUGUGCAGCUGCUCGGGAGAAACACUGCUAGAGUUUGGACUGAGAGCAGCCGGGACAGUCAAGCUCCUGCGACCUGUUGCCUCGCUGCUGUUGUCUCUGUUACUUUGUAUUGUCAGCACCGGUGCCGCGAGGUAAUGGACUAUUAGAGAGACUUUUAACAGGACCUCCACAUAAACUUAAAAGCGAGCAGUCUAAUUUGCCGCUGCCCUUACAUCACAUCACAACCUCAACAGACGCAGCGACCAUGGGCAAACAGAACAGCAAGCUCCGUCCUGAUGUCAUGCAGGACCUCAUUGAGAACACGGACUUCACCGAACACGAGAUCACUGAGUGGUACAAGGGCUUCUUGCGGGACUGCCCCAGCGGCGCGCUCUCCAUGGAGGAGUUCAAGAAGAUCUAUGCCAACUUCUUCCCUUACGGAGACGCCUCCAAGUUUGCCGAACACGUCUUCCGCACGUUUGACGCCAAUGGAGACGGGACUAUAGACUUCAGGGAGUUCAUCAUUGCUCUGAGUGUGACCUCCCGUGGCAGACUGGACCAGAAGCUGAAGUGGGCGUUCAGCAUGUACGACCUGGACGGGAACGGAUACAUUAGCAAGGCCGAGAUGCUGGAGAUCGUAACGGCUAUUUACAAGAUGGUUUCCUCUGUGAUGAAGAUGCCUGAGGAUGAGGCCACACCUGAGAAACGCACAGACAAGAUCUUCAGGCAGAUGGACACAAAUAGAGAUGGUAAACUCUCCCUGGAGGAGUUUGUUGAGGGAGCGAAGAACGAUCCUUCCAUCGUCCGGCUGCUUCAGUGUGAUCCCAGCAGUGCUGGGCAGUAGAAAAUUGACUUUUCCCAUUGCAGUUUUGAUUUAAUUUAACAGAUUUUCAAGAUCUCUCCCAGCUGACCCAUCUGAGAUUGUUGACAUUUGAUCACUUGAGCUAUAGAGGCACAUGUGCGUGCACACACACACACACACACACACACACACACACACACACACACACAGUAGCCAACAUGCAAUUGUACAUACUGCAAAUACCAAAGCCUGAUGCAAAUACAUUCUUUCAGAUGCCGACAUGCACAUACUGUACAUGUGCCUCUAUGCCUGGUCAAAAGCUACAGACAACACGGGUCUCAUACAUGGUACAAAUAUAACCCAAAGGACUGAAAUCCCAUCAAAGACUUGUUAAACACUGAAUCAAAGCUGCGCUAUCUCUGUCUGUCUGAGAAGACGGCCAGCGAGGAAAAUCCAACAGAUUCGUGAGGUACAUUGAGCCGAAUCCAAGUUCGCUGUUUCUUUUUAUUCUCUUAUUUGUUGUUUUUUGAAAGCGUUCUUCCUUGUUUAAAGGGAAUCAUGCUCAUUUUGUUUUCUUUAACUGACUCGGGUUGUUGUGUGAUGAUGGACAAAGUGUUGCAGUCUAAGUCCAUGUUAACACUGGAUGAAAUUAAGUAUGUAAGACUGGGACUUCCAAGUGUUCACAGCUUACAGUAUGGCUUACGUAUACAGGAGAUCUGGGAAUAUGAUUUUAGCCAUACAAGAUUUUAAGAAAGGAUGAAAGAUGAUUUUUUUUUUUUUUUUUUUACGAAGACAUGUUUCAUUUGGAGAAAUGUUACAUCAAACCAAAACUGACUCAGAUUUCUAAAUGAAGGUGAAUAUUUUGACUACAGAUUACAACCAUCUGUUCUUUUUGAAAGUGACUUUUUAUGCCAAGUUCUGUGUCCGCACACACGCACACACAAAUAUACACACUUCUCAUAAACACACACAUUCACACAUUCAUUUUACUGAUGAAUACAUGAACUUGAAAAAAUGCAUAUAAACCGAGCUGUGAUUCUCUUUCUUCAGCUAUUGUUUAACAAGUGUAUCAGCAAAAAGUUAGAUGUUCUCUGAAUAUAUAGUAUGUACUUAUAUUCUUUUAUUCUGAUAACAUUGUGGCGAUUUGCUGCAGUGGAAGAAAUUCACUUUAAAAUUUUGACGUAUAAAUUAUUGGAAUGUGAUGAUAAACAUUUUAUUUUCUUGACGAAUAUGAUAUGAAAGAAGUUGUACAGUAUAUUCACUCAUAUAUUUAUGGUAGAGAAGAUAAAAAGGAGAGGACCACACAUAUUGCUAUGCAUUCAGCUUUGCAUAUCUAUUGCCACACUGAGAGAAAAUUAUUACAGAUCUCAGCUUGAGCCGAAGCGCCCCACCCCCACUACUGACAUCAUAUUUACCAGGAAGCCAGUAAACAUUGGCCGUCAUUACGUUUUUCCUGUACUGAGAGUAAACUGUGUGUAAACAGUCUCCCAAUGGUGUAUGCGUCAUUAAAGUACAACGGUAACUUCUGCAAAUCUCACGUUUUUGUGCAAAUGUGACUUUAUAUUUCUUGAGUGUGCACUUUGUUCCUCCAAAUUUCAAAUACCACUGUAAUUAUAAGACAAUUUGAUACUGUGAUGAUGGGGAUUACAGAUAUUUUUAUGGCUAUGAUGCACAGUAACAGACACUUUACAGAACAAAGCACUGACGUUGGUAGCAAGAAAUGGCAGCAUCCACCAAACCUCACUGUGUUUUUGCAGGACUUACUGAUAGCAUUUUACUGCUUCAAUUCUGCUUAAUUUACACCUGCCUGUCCCUGCUGGUCUGAAUACACCAUGAGAUACAGUAGUCUUCACAGGCAGAUUAAUGAUGAGUUUGGGGGGGGGACAGUUGUGAUGAACUCUCUGGGUUUCUGCACAUUUCAAGUAGAUGAUCAGGUACUUCAGUCACACAUUUCACUUCAAUAGCAUCUUGUGGUCAAGUGCCAAAUACAGAUGAUUUCAAUAAAAGAAAAAAACAGUAUUGUAUCCAUUUAUACUGUUAAAGUUGAUACCCUUCGAACAAAAAAACAUUGUAACUAUCAUUUUGUAGAUUUUGUAUUGUUAACUUGCAUUAUGUGUUCUGUGUAGGAUGUCCAUUUUGUUAUUCAAAUAAAGACAAAAUGGGAAAAUG